GGCCAGGAGAUGUUACUGCCCAGACAUAGGUAGAAAUCUCUGCCUGGGAAACUAAGAGCUAUGGGUUAUAUUCUGCUUGACUCCCCUACCUGGUUCUAUAAUCCUGGCUCAGAGGAGAGAAGCCAGCGGCUGUCUGCAGCGAAAGGAAGGAGGUUAGAGGUUCUGUCUUUGAGAGGGAAAAUGGUUGGUUGGACUUCUCCGCAAUAAGAAACACCAUCCUCCCAAGAAAUGUCCUGGCCAUCUGUGACUGUCUAGUUUGCCUAAGUGAGAUGGAAGAAGUCGAUGACACAAUGUUGUGCCAGGAUCUUGAGUGUGAAAGUCUCAGGGAGAAUUUCUGGCUGCAAAAGUUGAACUCACUUGGGGUUUUCUGCAGGCUGCUGGGAAAGUGGAGCUCAGGGAAAGCCGCUGAGCGCCUUCCCCAGCUGUCCCCUACUGCCUCGGUGGAGCUGUUAGUGCACUGGAGCCAACCAGCCAACUGAUCGUAGGUUGGAUCCCAAGGCAACUCGUGUGUGCAGAAUGAACUUGUGCGCCAGCUUGACUUGGACCCUGGCGCUUGGUGGCUGAGCAUGGCAGGGAGCAUCAUCUGCUGUUUGCCUUGGUGAGGAGGAAGAAGAUCAAGAUCAUAUUGCAGAGCACCCACCAUCGGGCUGUGUCUGUGACCCCCCAGUACCAGCUCCCACGUGCGGGGUGGCUUUUGCCCUGUGCCGCAAGCAGUGUGCUCGAGAGAUGCGACUCUUUUCCCACAUCGCCACGGGUACUCUCUCCCCCUCUCUCUUGUUGUAGUGCAGGUUAGUGAGGAAUCAUAAACCAGCUUGCUGAAGAAAGGGGGUUGCCUCUAGAAGCUGGGUCUUUGCAGAUGCUGGUUUAAAGCACCCUUCAGCUUUCUACCUUACCGCUGUUUUUUCCAGGAGAUGCCACACCUUCUGAGGACACUGGGGACAUCAGCAUUUUGCUGAGCUUAGCAUCUUUCCUCCAUCGUACAGAGGCUUCAGACAGACGCUCAUCUACCCUGAAGUAAAGAGCUGCAACAGCCACCAAGAGGCUUUUCUUCCUCUCUCAAUUCAAUCCAGCCCCAUUUCCAGACCUGGCUUCCACAGUCUGGAGAGCUACCCCUUUUCCCCCGCUUUUCCGUUGAUGGCUCACCAUUAUUUUUAACUCUGAAGAGAGGAAGUUAUGGGGACCUUGGAAGCCUGUAUUUCUCUCUAGGAUUUCCCCCGAGUCAAAUAAUCUGUGUUACUAAGAGACACUGAGAUUUGCUUCUCCAGCAGGGUAAAUUUUUUUUUUUCUGUUUUGAUCAUCCCUUCGCCUUUUCAUGAACCACUUCCAAACCUACGUACCUGUCCUUCCACAGGAUAGUAGCUUUUCCCUGAACCCGAAUCUACCACCGGGCAAUUGGAAGAGUUUAGAUUAAAGAUUCCCUGUAAACCUAAAUAUGACAGUUGCUACUGGAGACCCCACGGAUGAAGCGGCAGCUUUGCCCGGUCACCCUCAGGACACGUAUAAUCCCGAGACCGAUCAUGAGUGCUGUGAGAGGGUGGUCAUUAACAUCUCGGGGCUACGGUUUGAAACGCAACUCAAGACACUCGCUCAGUUUCCAGAGACCUUGCUAGGGGACCCUAAAAAGAGGAUGAGAUAUUUUGAUCCUCUCCGGAAUGAGUAUUUCUUUGACCGAAACAGACCCAGCUUUGAUGCUAUUUUGUACUACUACCAAUCCGGUGGCAGGCUAAGAAGGCCUGUUAAUGUGCCCUUAGACAUCUUCUCUGAAGAGAUCCGGUUUUACGAACUCGGGGAAGAAGCUAUGGAGAUGUUCCGGGAGGACGAAGGCUACAUUAAAGAAGAAGAGAGGCCUCUUCCUGAGAAUGAGUUUCAGAGACAAGUAUGGCUGCUCUUUGAGUAUCCUGAAAGUUCAGGACCUGCCAGGAUUAUCGCUAUUGUCUCUGUCAUGGUGAUUUUAAUUUCUAUCGUGAGCUUUUGCCUGGAGACACUUCCCAUUUUUCGGGAUGAGAAUGAAGACAUGCAUGGCAGCGGGGUGAGCUAUCAUCCCUACUCCAACAGCACCAUGGGCUACCAGCAAUCCACCUCAUUCACAGACCCCUUCUUUAUAGUAGAGACACUUUGCAUCAUUUGGUUCUCCUUCGAGUUUUUGGUGAGGUUUUUCGCCUGUCCCAGCAAGGCUGGGUUUUUUACCAACAUCAUGAACAUUAUUGACAUUGUAGCCAUCAUUCCCUACUUCAUCACCUUGGGGACCGAACUGGCUGAAAAACCAGAGGAUGGCCAGCAAGGCCAGCAGGCAAUGUCUCUGGCCAUCCUUCGAGUUAUCCGCUUGGUGAGGGUCUUCAGGAUCUUCAAACUGUCCCGGCACUCCAAGGGGCUGCAGAUCCUGGGGCAGACCCUCAAGGCCAGUAUGAGGGAGCUGGGCCUCUUGAUAUUUUUCCUCUUCAUCGGUGUCAUCCUGUUCUCCAGCGCUGUCUACUUUGCAGAGGCUGAUGAGAGCGCAUCUCAGUUCCCCAGCAUCCCAGAUGCAUUCUGGUGGGCAGUGGUUUCCAUGACAACAGUUGGCUAUGGAGACAUGGUCCCCACGACCAUCGGUGGUAAAAUAGUGGGCUCCUUGUGUGCCAUUGCAGGUGUAUUAACGAUUGCCUUACCAGUGCCGGUCAUAGUGUCCAACUUCAACUACUUCUACCACCGUGAGACCGAGGGAGAGGAGCAAGCACAAUACUUGCAAGUAACCAGCUGCCCAAAGAUCCCUUCUUCCCCUGACCUAAAGAAAAGCAGAAGUGCCUCCACAAUUAGUAAGUCGGAUUAUAUGGAGAUUCAGGAAGGUGUAAACAAUAGCAAUGAAGAUUUUAGAGAGGAGAACUUGAAAACAGCCAAUUGCACCCUAGCUAACACAAACUAUGUUAAUAUCACCAAAAUGUUAACCGAUGUCUAGUCCGGAAAACCUAUUAACAUAUUUAAAGCUGAAGUGGAACAAUUGCAGAUCUUGCAUAAUACCCUGCAUUGUAGUUAAUACAGUAUGUUCUACAGUGUGUAUUUGGUUCUGCAUGGGAAGCAAUAGUUGUGUAAGUGACUUUCUACCAUUUUAUUUAUACGCCGAAUAAGCUUUCACGCAACAAUUGUUUUUGUCCAUCACAGGCUUAUGGGUUUCCAAAGAUAUGAAGCAUCUGAGCAUUUAGAGCAAAGUUAUAUCAUUGCAAUACCAGGGAUAUUGAACAAAAAGUUAUUCCAGGAACCUCAUGUAAACAGCAGCACUAAGAAAUGUCAAACAGACAUGUAACAUUUCGUUGCACUCAACACGUACAAAAAUAUAUCCCACAAAAAUAGUAUGCGUCUCGCUUCCAAGCUUAUGGAAUUAUAUGAAAGGUCGUGCAUAAUUUAAUUAAAGGGCCAUACAUCCACGUGUCUGAAUUACUUUAAGGUUCAGAUUUCUGACUCAGAAUUGCCAAGUGAGAGCACAUCAUGCAGGCUCGGGUUUCAUAACUGAAAAUGCUGCAUGCUGCAAUGGUUUCAUCCACUGCAGUAUAUCGGUGUGAGACCCAAGGGAGCGACAAUUAAUAUGACAGAGACCUUAUUUAUUAAGUCUUAAAAUUUCUAUUCCAGUCAUAGGGAGGGACAAAUCAAUAAAUCAAAAGCCUGGAUUUUAUUUAUUUAUUUAGAAGACUCUUCCAUUGUCACUGGUUCCAGGGUCACCAAAGACACAUCCAUUGACACUUUUCAAAUGAGUUGAAAAAGCAUCUUUUUUUUAAUAAAACUGGAGCAAGUAUGCUGUGGCCUAUAAUAUAUUUAUACUGCAGUGAAAAUUAAUCAGUAAUACAGUACAGCUGCAUGGAUAUUUGUUGCAUGAAUCUUAAUAUUGAAUACACACAAAAAUAUAUAUUUUCUUAGUAGACUAUACAGUAUUCAUGUUUAUAGUGUUUAUAGAUUCUCCAAUGGUUAGAAGGAGAUGUGUGGGAAAACAAAGGCUGGAUCAGAGAAAGGCAUGUGCUGACUAUAAUCUGAUGGAUAAGCAAGGGAAAGGCGCUGUGUGCUCACAGUAUUUACAGCCACGAGUGCAGAAUAGUGCAAACGAAGGAAGGUGACCUGAAAGUGAGACACCUGUGCUCAUCCUGUGGGGGUCCAACUUGUAAUUAAUCUUAGCAUCAUGAGCAAAAUUCUAGAGCUGCCCAGAGACGGUACAAAGGUGAAGGCUUUUCUGACACUAUUGUUCAGCACCCAUGAGCUUUAUUGUAUAUUCUCAUAUUGUAUAUACAGAGAGAGGUGGAGCCAGAUCCUUAGCUAGUGUGAAUCUGUAGCACUUCAGAACAACACCAAUUUACGCUUUUGGGGGAUUUGGCCUUGCGUGUGCAAUAUACCUGUGACGCGAAUUUGGACUUUGGCUAAGUUUAUGCAAUGUAAUACCAAUACAAGGAAAUGUAUGGGUGAGAUCUACUGUUGGUGUACGCUGGCUGAAAUGGAGCUAGACUAAUUUGCCCUAGCAGAGGAGGUGAUUUUUGUGUGACUGUGUGCAGUGCUGGGUUUAAGUGUUAAGUUUUGUCAUGGAAAGCUAUUGCCCUGUGAUUGACCUGUAUUACAACGCAGAUACCAGACAGCCGGCUGCUUUGGGGCAUGAAAAUUCAACCCCUGCCCUUGCUUACAUCUGCUGAACUCAGUUCGAUCAUACAGGUAUCACUGAAGGCAGGUUCAGGCCUCAGGUCCUCUAAGGGCCCUUUGUUGUCAGUCAGUGGGGCAGAAGUUUUUCACGACCCCUGAUCUUCAGAUUACUUCUACCAUUUACAAAUGCAUCCUUGCCCUAACUGUGCUGCAGCCUCAGCCAGCCUCUUCUGAGCCUUUCUGUGGCCAUGUCUACACUGCAAUCUGAGGUUUGAUUGCCGCAUAGGUGGGCAUACUGGAGCUGGCUUUAAUGUAGCUAACACAGGUAGCGAUCUCAGUGAACCAGUGCACACAGGGAUGUCAAUGCUGGCUAGCCACCUAAGUAAGAAGCCAGGGUGCUGGGCUCCUUUGAACUGUUUACACCAGAGCCCAGGUCACUCUGGGUAUGAUGUCUACAACUGCAAUCCAGAAGUGUGAUUGGAGCUCAUGAGCUAGCUCAGCACUGGUCAGCUCGGGUCUCAAUAGCAUUUUAGCCAUGGCAUCCUGAGCUUCAGCAUGUCUACAUAGGCACCCCUGAGUAAGUAUUCAGUGCCUGUGAUGUCUAUGCUGCUACAACUACACUGUCACUGAAAGUCCUGCUAGCAAGUUUAAAGCUAGUGUCGGUAUGUUCACGCUGCAAUUACAUCUCUGGAUUUUAGCACAGAUACCCUGUGACUUUACCGCUAUUGGUGCCGGAGCUAGCAAGAUUAAAACUACACUAUGCAAGCCACAAUCACAUCUUUGAUUGUAUUGCGGAUGUACCUCACUUUGUUUUAUUUCCAAGGGAAUGCUGCCCACUCAGCCCAAAGCAGAGCUGUUUUGCUUAGGGUCAGAUUUUUUUAACCCCAACUAAAUAGAAAACUUCCUUUGAACUUGAUGUGACUUUUCCCUGAGGGCCACAGGUGAGCUACAUUCGGGUGCAGAGACUUCAUUUCCACAGUCAGCUCACAGGCCUGGCUUGCAGUACAUAUUUUAUACUAACCUUCUGCCUCCGAGUGAAUGUAGGGCUUGAUCUUCAGGCUGGCCUAGUGAGUCCUCAAACUGGACCAAAUCCUGAAGUCUGUACUCUGUCUUUACUCUCCCACAGCCUCCUCUGCCCCAGGGAUUUCAAUGGGAAUUUCUCCUGAGUAGUGACUGCAGGAUUUGUACCAUUCCCUUUCCAGUCUCAGGCUUAUUCAGGAAUAGUUGGGGGGCCAACAAUUACCCCCCAAGAAUGUUUUAAACGGAUUAUAUUUGUUUCCCUUUGCCACAUUGAUUUCUGUUUUUCAGUAGCUGCAAGGUCCAGUAGCAGAGCUGACAGGCUGAACAGCAGCAGGAGAGAAGGGAAAUGUUUUUCCACUGGUGAAACUCUUGGAAAGGUCUCUGAGAGAGAGCUGUGCAGUGAGAUCUCAAGCAGCUUGUUGGUCAUCUGUCUUCUGAGACCAACAACUGUUGACUAGAUACAGGAACGAUAGUGCCAAAUUUGUUUUGGGGCCCAGUCCAGCAAAGUACUGCGUAAGUAUUUAAAAAGAAGCAUGCACUUAAGCAGUAUGCUGAAUUGGAGGCUUAGGGCUACAUCUUAUUUCCCAUUGAUGUACCUAGAUGGGACACAGCUGUGUAAGUGCCCCAAACUGCAGGUACAUGGCUAUGCACCUAUAUUUAGGUGUAUAAAGGGGAAUACGAUUCAGCCUUUAGACACCCAUUGACUUCAGUACGGGAUCAGGCUCUUAGGGCUGAUACAAAGCCAAGAGUAUAUUGAGGAAAUUCCUGGCAUUUGUCAUUUUAUAGAUUGCCAUGGCUGAUGGGAUUUAUUCCGACACUUGCAAGUGCAAAAAAAGGGUGCUACCCUGUUGGUCCACCUGCUUUACCUGUGGCAGGUUAGGGUGUUACAUCCUGUGGUUGUGUCAGGAUUGACGGUGUCAUUUUGCUAAGAGGUUAGACAAUGGAUUUGUAUGGGAUAGGGAUGAUCCUGCCUUAGGCAGGGGGCUGGAGUUGAUGACCUUCGGAGAUCCCUUCCAGCCCUACUUUUUUUCCCCUGUGAUUUCUUUGAUUCCUACCCUGUUCUACAGUAGUGGAUCAAAAUACUGCCAGGGGCCUGACUCACCUCCUCUGAGCCAAAUGGAUUUGUUCCUUAUUUGUAGCUGCGCAAAUGAGGAUAGAUUGAAUCAGCCCCAAUAGCAGUGGUACUACAGGGCUUUGUGCAUCUAUCGCAUGGGCCCCCAACCCCUGCAAGGUGUAGAUGCUGUCAACUGUAAUGCAUUUCAGUGGCACAGCAGGGUGCUGAGUGCCAUGUGGCCCUGGGCAUCAGCACUGCAUUGGAUGCAUUUAUUUUGCUAAGGGAUCCUUCUCCUUCACUGGUGCAGCUAUGGGAAAGCAUUUUUUCCUCUGUCUUCUUAUUUGCACCGAAAUAUUUUUUUUUAACUUCUAAAAUGCAAUGAAAGAAAAUCAAAAGCAAUAAAAACUUUAUUCAGGACAAUGCUGUAGUAUUGUAUAGUAAUGGUCCCAAACCAGCAUUAUUUGCACCUCUGCCAGAACUCCCAGUGAAGCCAGCAUGAAGAGUAUCCACAAUAGGGCAUAAAAGUGCACUGGAAAUUCACCCUAGCUGGCUGUUCGCUAACUCCCUUGUGUAGACAAGUCUCAAAGCAUCUUUGGCUCUCUUUACCGUAGGACAUUGGCACCUUUUGACCUCUGAUGCAUUUAUUCUGGCAACGCCCCUGUGAGGUUUUACUGUUUGCAUGGGAAAGGGGGGGAGGGAUGGGGUAAGAGCCAGGCUGUUAUAGAUAUACGUAUAGGUGCCUAAAGAUGCAGAUCAGCAUGUAGUGGAAUUCUCAAAAGUGCCUGAGUCCUUAACUCACUGAUUUCAAAGUAGGUGCCCACUGCAUCUUCAGGCACUAAAUACCUUUAAAAAUCUGGCUCUACGUGACUUUCCCGAGGUCACUGAGGACAUCUGUGGUAGAACAAGGUUGUGAACUGAAGAAAUCAGCCACAGAAAAACAGUGGGUAACAUUUGCAGAAGUGCCUAAAUCUCAUUGACAUUCUGACUCCUAAGUCAGGUAGGUAGUUUUGAAAGUGUUUACCCCGAACAUCACGUACAAUCCUGCAGGAAGCUGUUAGUGGAACAGGGAAAUGAGCUCAGGUCUCACAUGCAUAUUAACUUUCUCACAGUUAAACACUUUUUAAAGUCAGAGCAUACACAUGUACAUGGAGCAGAGUUGACUUAAAAGCGACACAAGAUAAUACACCUCUGAAGUAUAUUAUCUUGAAUUGCAGUAGUUAAGUCAACUUAGCUCACAAGAUGGCUGCCACCAAGUCAAGGGGUUGUAUGUGUGUAUGGUCUGAUGUGGCUUAGUUAAGUCACCUUAUUUUAAAUUGACUUAGUAUUUGUGUAUGCACCCCUGAAUUGCAGGCAAGUGUCCUGAUGAUGGACAAGUCACAAGUCACCAAGCUAGACACUAAUUUUGGGCACCACGAUUUUAGGAUGCCCAUUUUCAGUGUGUUCCCUUUCUGUGUGUUCUUACAGUCCUUAUUCAGAUGGAGCUUCCGCUGAUGUGGAGAAAUGCUGCAUGGAUGAAUUUUAUCCUUGUGUUGAAGACUAGUGCAGUCUUACACAUUACUUUUCUGGAGGGCUUAAGUGGAACUUAAAAGAUCUUGUGCUGGACCUUUUUUAUAAAAAAUGAAUUUGAACCUAUGUGAGUAGAAACUAGGAACCACUUUUUUUUGCCUGAGUCAAAACUGCAGGCUUUGGUCUAGGAGGGCUAUUGAAAGCCACAAUGUUUUGGGCCAUUACUGUAGAAUGCUGAACUAUAAUGCGUAAGGGCUAUCCCCAAAGAAAGUGCGCUGCUGUCCUUACAUGCAGGUGCACCUAUCAAUGUCCAUCUUGUCCUGCAGACAGAUGACCCGUUCGGGAUAAAAUGCUCAUUUGUCCAAACCUUCAACCAACAAAAUCCUGAACCAUGCUUGCUACCAAACACUGUAACUUUCAACAAAGUUUUGUUAACUUUGAAGUAACUUAAAGUGAUGAAGUAAUCCUUUCUAAUCAGCUGUGGCCAAGACUAAAUAUAUUGCCAUCUAGCCCAGAGCACCUCAGGCAUGAAAAAUUAUAUGUGGCUAGUGAUCUGCUCUGGGGAGACAGACAUAGGCAAUGGCACAAUUUGGAAAAGCAGCCAAAUGCCAGAUAUAGAAGAAUGCACAAUGGGACAGGGUGUUCAGAGAAUGCUCACAGUUUUUAGUGGAUUCACUGGGAACACUGUCUUUAUGAUCAUAAAGGCUGCUGUGAUCUAAUAGACUACAAUAAACUACAGCAAGCAGGAGGAAUCAAAUUUACCUUAGCCUUGAGAAGAGGACACUUCUGUUAACUUGUGUGCGGCUUGUGCUUACAGGCCAGAGCUGUAGGUGCUGUUGGCUUCGGACUCUCUCAUGUCACUAGGAACAAGCUGUCAAAAAUGAUCUUGGGAGCCUAGCUGAGGCCUGGUUUUCAGAGAUAUCGGACAACUACAGUUCUCCUUGACAUCAAAUGGAAUUGAAAAUCAGAUCUGAGGUGUCUCAAAGUGGGCAUCCUAAAAUUGUGGUAGCCAAAAUGAGUGUCUAGCUUGGUGACUUGUAACUUGUCCAAAGCUGUAGUGAGAGGCAGUGUCAGAAUCAGGAUUAGCAUGGAGGUCACUUUCUGACACCCAGCCCUGAUACUGAAAUCACUAGGCGACAUGCUAUCUCUUUAAUACCUUGAAUGAUUGGUAGUGAGGGCACCCAUAUAGAGCUGAAUGUACUGGUCAGUCUAUCAAAUUAUUCUAGUUGUCAGGAAAAGGUAUCUGUGCAUAGAUAUAACUGUGGUUACAGGAUUUAUCAGGGGUACUUCUCUCUGCAGCUCUGUUUUUAUGUCUAAGGCCUACACAAAUACUAAUUUUAUGCUAUACCAGGAAAAAGAUCCCAAGAUUGGUUGAGUGUAGCAUGUGGGUGUAUAAAUAUGGGCAUAUUUGUGCAUAAAUACACAGAAGGAGAGAAAAAGACAGAGGAGGAGGUAUUUCAGGAAGGGUCUUGUAUUAUUACCAGAUAAUCCUCCUAGGUCAUCCAUUGAAAUUACUGCCAAAAUCUUCUAGCCUUUCUGGAGUUUGCAAUACAUAUAGAGAUGGGCCCAGACUGAAAAACUGAUCCAGAUCUCAGCUGGAAAUGGGUGAGAUGAUGCUCAGGAACCAAACAUCACCCCUUCUCAAAACUGCGAGUGUCUGAAUUCCAGUUUUGCAGAUGUUCCCUUUCCUUCUUUCUCUUCCCCUCCCACUAAAACAUCAGGAGAUCUCUGAUCUGGAUCCAAAGUCCAUGGUUUGGGCCCAUUGCUAGUAUUUAUGCUACUAUGCAGGGGAAGUGGAACUAUUCCUAAGGGAUUUGUUUGUAUUCAAGAUGCAGUCUUUGUGGGAUGUGCUAUUCUCUCUCUUUCUCUCUCUAUUACUGUUGUGAGUAUCAAUCCCAUGAAAUGUUAAUGGCUUACAGGUCCCAGAGCCCUAGAAAGAUGGGCUCUUUUCCCCAUUCCCCAGAUGGAGCAGGACUUAUGGCAGACUGUGGAACGAGGUACUUAAGAGUGUGGAAACAGCAUGCACAAUUUGAGUUGAGGAGAGGCAAUAUAAGGGAUUAUGUCCACCAGGGAAGCCCGUGAGCUUCCCCGCUCCAUGCCCUCUGCCCUCCCCAAAGGUGUGUGGACCAUGUAUGUGCUCAGUGCAGGACCAAAUGGUCAUCUGCCAUACUGGUGGAAGGUGGCCUGGAAGACAUGAGAUGUAUCUUUGGCUUGGUAUUCACCAGGGAUCUUGAGAUACAACAUGAAUAAGAGACUAUGCUUCUUCCUGGACCUUGUCUCUACUAAUCUCUUCCUUAUAGUCACAGCCUUUUCCUGUUUUCAGAGCUCCUGCCUUCUGUCUGGCAAGCAGUUGUUGCUAUUAAAAUUCAUUGUGUUAGAGGACCCCAAGCAGGGAUCAGGGCCUCAUUGCACUAGGCACUGUCCAACCAAACAACACAAAGACAAUCCCCACCACAGAGAGCUGACAAUUGCCGCACAGGAACACCUUGGCCUCAGUUCAUUUUUAUGCCAAUCUGUGCAUCACUGCUUCAAAGCAAACCCUACACUGCUUUUGUCUAAGUUCAAUGCUGCACCCCCCUUUGUCCCCCAGUGUCCAGUGCAAUGUAGCGAUCACAUUCGACCAACAAAAUCACCUCUUGUUUCUCAUUGCAAUAGAGACGUGGUGCUCAAAAUUCAGGGUCCGCAGGCCACUUGAGUGCCAUGGGACAAAUCCAUUGGCCGGAUCCCACGCGUGGGGUUGGUCUGAGGGUGUGAUCUGGUGCAUGUGCCCAUACCUGCACACUAGAUCUGGCUGCUUAUGCCAGCCUGAGCCCAUGCACUGGAUCUGGCCAUGUGCCAGCCAGGCCCCAAAUCUGCUUGAGCCCACGCAUUGGAUCCAACUGUGUGCCUGUCUGACCCCGCACAAUGGGCCCACCAUGUGUGGUGCAAUCUAACACACAAGGCCAUGUCCUCUAGCCUGGGGGGUUCCUCAUGGGUCCAGAAAUUGCAGGGGGAGCAGCAAUUAACACUGCCACUGCUCUCCUGCUGCCAAUGUUUUGGCCCCAUGGGAAGACCGCCAGGCAAGAUGACAUGGCCUCCAGCACCCCUGCAUUAGAGCCUUCCUGAAACCUUCCAUCUGCAGUCACAAUCUCAGUCGUCAACUUUGCCUGGCACUGAACAUCCCCAAUUCCUGAGACAGGAGGAGGAGCUGCAGGUGCUCUGGUCAUGGGACUUUGGGCUGGAUCAUCAGCAGACGUCAGUCUUCACUGAUUUACCUCAGCUGAGAGUCCGGUCCAUCAGAUACUUGGAAAGUGGCAACAGAUGAAUCUCUUAGUUCACGUUUCUCUUCUUGGGUAUGUUUUGGCUUCUAUGAGAUGUUGAAUGUUGUGUGACAAUGGUUUCCAUACCAAGGUCUGUGCGUGUAUAAAUAUAUAUGGGAGCUGCAUUUUAUUUCAAGACUCGUAUGGCUGUUUUUCGGUUGUUUUUUUUUUUUUACUGAGUAUAAAGACUAAUUACUAGUUUGCACCUGCUUCCCCAUUGCCUAAGACUUUGCAGUUGUCUUACAAUGUCAUAUUACUAACCAUUACUGGAAGCUCAAAAAUGGAUGUUGGAUCAAAUAAGUAUGUGUUGCCUAAUUCGAGAGAAUCAAUAGGAAGAGGAAAUCCAAGAAGGACUUAUAAUAAUGAUGCUGGAACCGAACGUUUUGUCUCCAUGGUUACUGGAGAAAUGGGACCAAUAAUGGAGUGAGGCCUAUAAACUGUUAUUCGAGGACUCAUGGGAAUUCCAAGUCAUUUAACCAUGUGUUUGCUAGACAAGAAUUUAGACACCAGCUUUAUCUGAAUUGCACAGUGUGUAUAGACAUUAUUGUUCUUAUUGACAUCUUGUGGGAGUUCUCGGUGUCGAGUGGACACUGGUAGCUGCGAGAUCCCAGGUCAAUAAGACUGGAGCCUUGUAUAUAGAUAUACAUAUCCAUGUACAUACAUAGUCCAAAUCCACAUUUGCUGUCUGGUUUAUCAUGAGUGUACAUAAUUUAUUCUUCAUAGAGUAUCACAGAUUUUGUAAAUAUCGGCACUAAUUAAGAGAAAAUAAAUAUGUAUAUUAUUGAAGAUUUAUUUUGACAUCAGUUCUGUGUGGAAAAAAAGAAAAGAAAAGCAAAUAAAUUUUUGACAGACUGGU